AUGACGCUACUGGAGAAACAAACAGGCGGGAACGUCUUGGUGACCGGCAUCUUGGGAAGCGUGUUCAACUUGUUACAGGAGGUCACCAACUUCACGACUCAGUGCCACCAGGUGAAGGACGGUGGGUGGGGGUCACAGGUGGGAGACAGGUGGACGGGUAUGGUGGGGGAGGUGGUGCGUGGGGAGGCUGACAUCGGUGUGGCGCCUCUUGACAUCACUCUCAAGCGCACCACCGCAGUUGACUACCUCGUCGGCUUCCUCUACUCUAAGUACAGACUGGUGAUGCGGCGGCCCUCGGCAAGUGACUUCGUGUGGACGGCGUACACUAAGCAAUUCCAGACCGAGGUGUGGGCAGCGGUGGCGAUGGUGAUAGUGGCGGCCGGAGUGGUUAACAUCUUGGUGGUGUGUUGCUCCAGAAGGUGGGGCAGCUCACUCCGUCUCUCUGACGCCCUCAUCAUUUUCACUGGGUGUCUGCUGGGCCAGGUGUUACUGGCUCACUACACCAGCGACCUUAUCACCGCCCUGGCUGCAGGUCUACCUCUUCCCACCGUUGCUAACUUAGAUGACAUCAACCAGGACCCCUCCCUUGAUCUCGGCUACCUAAAGGGUUCCUCCCUCACUGAAUAUUUCAAGGAGUCCCCAGCAUUGGUCUACCAAAAUACAUAUCAGUCCAUUGUGGCUGAUAACUUUGAGACUAUGGUAGAGAGUUUGGAUGAUGGGAUGAAGCGUGUGAUCAGCGAGUCGUUUGUGUUCAUGGAGUGGGACGUGCCCAUCCUCUAUAAUUACGGCCACGACUGUCGUCUCUUCAUGCUCCCUUCUUCUUACUUCCCAACACAGGCUUCCUUCAUCAUCAGAAAAGGAUCUCCUCUUGUUCCAGUACUCAACAGAUUGUUGAUGGAGAUGCAGUCAGCAGGAAUACUGAGAAAGUGGCAGGAGAAAUGGACGCCACAAGUCACCACCUGUCAACAGCUACACACGGACCCCAUGGAACUCAAGAGCUUAUUCACAGUGUUUCUCCUACUGGCCGGGGGCAUGAUUCUCAGUGUUCUUAUUCUGAUUGGGGAGGUUCUUUAUGUAAAACUUGUCUUGAAACAGACGCAUAUCACUACUCAUCCAUACAGUUCAAGGAUACAGCAAACACCACUGGUAAUAACAAAUGGAACACAACUCGAGGGUACUAUGUGA